CGCUGCGCCCGCUGGGGGUGGAUGCGAGGCCGAGCGGGACGCGGGACUCAGUGCGCGAGAGCAGCGACUGACCGCGUGCGCGUCGGGAGCUGUGUGAGACGCCAUGGCGGAAGCGCUGUUCUGUGAUGAUGAUGUUGCUGCCUCCACUGUUCUUGAAUCUACAGCAGCAGCGUUUGGGGCUGAUGCAUGCAAGAACCUGCUGCCGGAAUUCUCUGCCAUAUCUCCAAUUCUGGAAAGUGCCCAGCAGGCUGUAAGUAAAGACAAUAAUGGAAAAUUAAAGGUGUAUCUGAGAGUUCGACCCUUGAAAUCUACAGAAUUGGAACAAGGGGAAGACCAGGGCUGUGUCUGCAUUGAGAAUUCAGAGUCCCUUCUCCUAAAAGCCCCUAAGGACUCCUUCACCAUGCAGAGCACAGAGCGUGGAGUUGGACAAGCAGCGCACAGGUUCUCUUUCACCAAGAUCUUUGGACCAGAUGUGGGGCAGAAAUUGUUCUUUGAAGAAACAAUGAAGGAGGUGGUAAAGGAUGUACUCAAUGGGCAGAACUGGCUGGUCUACACCUAUGGCAUCACCAAUUCAGGGAAGACUCACACUGUUCAGGGCAGCAACAAAGAUGCUGGGAUUCUGCCGCGGUCCUUAGCGGCCAUCUUCAACAGUGUGGGUGACAGGCUGUAUGAAUCCAUGGAUCUGAAGCCUUCCCUCUCCAAUGAGGUGAUCUGGCUGGACAGCAGACAGGUUCAACAGGAACAGACCAAGAAGCAAACCUUGCUGCAAGGGGGUCUGUGGGAGGAGGUGUUGUUAACGCCACUGAAGAGGAGUCGUGGUGCUGAAUCUCAGCUCCAGGCUACUACCAGUGGCAGUUUUGACAGUGGAGUUGCUGGUCUGUCUUCAUCUAGCCAGCUCACCAACCGUUCAGACAUCAAACAGACAGCAGAAGAACUAGGCUGUUGCUGGGAUGACAUGGAUCGCAUUUCACUCACCAACACAACAGACACGCAGUUCUCUAUCUGGGUCUCCUUCUUUGAGAUUUACAAUGAAUUAAUCUAUGACUUGCUAGAACCAGCUUUACCCAGCCAGAACAACAAGAGGAAGACACUGCGGCUGUGUGAAGACCAGACUGGCAACUCCUAUGUGAAAGAUUUGAAUUGGAUCAAUGUCCAGGAUGCUGAUGAAGCCUGGAAACUCCUGAAACUGGGUCGUAAAAACCAGAGUUUUGCUAGCACCCACAAGAACCAGAACUCCAGUCGCAGUCACAGUGUCUUCUCCAUUCGGAUUCUGCGCUUGCAAAGAGAUGGCAGUGAAACUGAUGCAAAAAUCAGCGAAUUAUCCCUCUGUGACCUUGCUGGGUCGGAGCGCUGCAAAGACCAGAAAAGCGGGGACCGAAUGAAAGAAGCAAACAACAUCAAUACCUCCCUCCACACACUGGGUCGCUGCAUUGCUGCCCUCCGCCAGAACCAGCAGUCCAAAUUGAAGCAGACGGUGGUUCCUUUCCGGGACAGCAAGCUAACCCGUGUGUUCCAGGGCUUCUUCACUGGACGUGGGCGUUCUUGCAUGAUUGUCAACAUUAAUCAGUGUGCAUCUACAUAUGAUGAUACUCUUCAUGUAGCCAAAUUCUCAGCCAUUGCCAGCCAGCUUGUUCAGGUGCCUCUUACGAGUCUGAGACUCCCAUCCAUCAAAUCAAUUGUCAAAGAGCACAACAGGCGAACCAGCCAGAGUCUAGGGGCAGUGACAAAGGAAGAAGCGGAAUCAGAAGACGAUAGUGAGGAUGAAGCAGAUGUCACCAUGUAUGCAAAGGAGGACUUGUUGCGUGUACUGGAAGCUGCACGAGAACUCUUGGCACAAGAGCGACGGGAAAAGCUGCUUCUAGAAACACGCCUCCGUGCAGAGAUCUGCGAUGAGAUGAUGGAGAUGAUGCAACAGAAGGAGCAAAUGUACAGGGAAUGUUUGGAUACUCAGAGGGACCAGCUGGAGGAACUGUAUGAAGGUAAACUGGAUAUCCUGAAGGAGGCACUGACCGACUAUUACAAGGAGAAGAUCCAGGAGCGUGAUGAGAAGAUUGAGGAGCUCCAAGCUGCUCUGCAGGAGGCAAAACAAAAAUCGGAGAGCCUGGAUACUACGCAAAAGGACUCAGGCCAAGUCUUACGUCGAUCAAAGCGAGUGGCUACCUUAUCCGCUUUGCAACAGGAGCAGCGGGUAGAUACUAAAGCCAAACCGGAGCAAUGUCAAAUAGAGCCAAACACUGUAACAGCAGAGUUGCACAAUCACCAAAAAUUAAAGGAGGCCCUUCCCCCUGCCGAACUUAUUACUGUGGAUAUGGACAGAAAUCUGGAGGAUGCACAGAAAAGUAUCAGAUUGCUGCGUUCAGAAUGUCAAAAACUUGGGGAGUCUCUUCAGUCUGCAGAGAAACUUCAGGAAGUCCUCUCAAUGUGUGAUGACAUUCUGGCUAAACAGGACCAACUACGGGCAAAACUGCAGAACAUGACAGUGGUAAAACCAGACCUGCUGAAGAAAGGAGCCUGUACUGCAGCUAAGACUCCUUCAAUAUCUAGUUUAAAGAAACGGUUCUGUGCCAACAGGGAAAAUGUACAACCUAAUCAACCUCCUGGUAAAAGACCCUUCCUGUACAACCUGUCACGUUCAGCACCCCGUCCUGUUGCUGCAAGAGGGUGGCAAUACCGUUCAGUUGUUCCAUGAUUUUUCACAAAGACAUUCUAGCCCUGUUGUUACUGGAACGGGGGGCAAGUCCAAUAUAAUAGCAUCUCGUACUUUGUGUGCAUGUUUAUUUCUGUUGUAGCU